GCCGGCCGCCAGCACCAUGUUGGAGUGGUUCAAAUGGCUGAAUGAGAAGCGGAAAUCCAGAAGGCUGGUCCUGGUGGUGGUUUUCGUGGCUCUGCUGCUGGAUAACAUGCUUUUCACAGUUGUCGUUCCAAUUAUUCCAAGUUUCCUUUAUGAUGUGGAAUUAAAGAAUGAAAACCUGUCUACCCCAUCCUCCCCUGCUCCGAACCUGUUGGUCACCUCCACCAUCUCCUGGGAUGGUCCAGACCGCAGAGGAGACGUGAAUAAAUCCCCAAGUCUCCCUACAGACGUGACAUGCAUUAACAGGUCAAAUUUCUUCCGGGAAGAGAAUGUCCAAGUGGGUCUACUCUUCGCUUCCAAAGGCAUCGUCCAGCUCUUGGUUAAUCCCAUAGUUGGGCUGAUAACCAAUAGGCUUGGCUACGCCAUUCCAAUGAUUUGUGGAUUUAUUGUCACUUUUCUAUCGACUAUCAUGUUUGCUUUCUCCGAGAGCUACACGUUGCUUUUUGUGGCCAGAGCGAUACAAGGAAUAGGAUCAUCCUUCUCUACUGUUGCAGGUCUGGGGAUGCUGGCAAAUGUAUAUACUGAUGACUUUGAAAGAGGCCAAGCUAUGGGAAUAGCACUGGGGGGUUUGGCCUUAGGGGUCCUAGUGGGUCCCCCAUUUGGUGCAGUUAUGUAUGAUUUUGUUGGAAAGUCCUCUCCGUUCCUGGUCCUGGCAUUCCUUGCUCUGCUGGAUGGAGCUCUUCAGCUGUUUAUUCUUAGACCUUCAAAAAUUUCUCCAGACAGCACUGCUCCAACGCCAUACUUGACACUGCUGAAGGACCCUUACAUUCUGGUGGCUGCUGGCUCUCUCUUCAUUGCUAAUAUGGCGGUUAGCAUGUUGGAACCCACCCUGCCUAUCUGGAUGAUGGAAACCAUGUGCUCUUCAAAAUGGCAACUUGGUCUAGCCUUUUUACCGGCCAGUAUCUCAUAUCUUUUAUGCACUAAUCUUUUCGGGACCUUGGCACACAAGAUGGGGAGGUGGCUCUGCUGUCUGCUUGGAAUGAUCCUGGUGGGAAUCAGUCUUCUCUGUGUUCCUUUAGCGGUCAAUAUAUACUGGCUCAUUGGACCCACUGCUGGAAUAGGCAUUGCUCUGGGGAUGGUAGACUCCUCCAUAAUACCCAUCAUGGGGCAUUUGGUAGAUUUGCGUCACAAUUCUGUGUAUGGAGGGAUCUAUGCCAUAUCUGACAUGGCACUCUGCUUCGGGUUUGCAUUGGGUCCUUCCACCGCUGGCGCUAUUGCAAAGGUCAUGGGGUUUCCCUGGUUAAUGGUGAUCAUCGGAGUGCUAAACAUUGUCUACUGUCCGCUCUGCAUCUUUCUGCGUAGUCCACCUGCAAAGGAAGAGAAACUGGCAAUUCUAAACCAUGAAUUAUCACCAGAAACGAAACUUUACAUGGUUCAGAAAACUUCUCCUGACUCGGUUCUGACCGAUCAUGGUUAUGGAAACCUUACUGGAGUCAACACCAAGGCAAAGGGGAUCCCCCACUGAUAACAUGAACAGUCCGACCUACGGUAGAACUCUUUGGUCAGCUCUCUGAACAUCAUGGGGAUUUAAUCAAAACGUAUCGGAGGCAAUCACUACUUGAACAUCACAAUGGCCGGAUUUCUCACAGUAUCCCUAUCUGCAGAGACACAUACAGCAGAGAUCUCAAACAACCACCAUUAAACCACCAUUAUGUCAUUCC